GGAUAAGCCUGUGCGCUGGCAGCCAGCCUGCUAGAAAUGAAUCAAAGUCUGCGCUGAGGCUCUCCAGGCAUCAGUGGUCGACACUGUCCCUCGUGGAGUCUCCUAAGAAAUCUGCUGACAUUAAAAUUACCUUUACCCUUGCAGCCGGACUCUCGAUGCUUAUCAAAUUGAUUUAAUCCAAGCCUGCCUAUAGGCUGCAGCUGAAUCGGAAGGUGGAACUGUCACUCCUCGGCAACGUUUAAUUGUCUUCCCGUGCCUUUUGUCACUUGCAGAACUGAAUUACUUCUCAGAAAUGGCCUCGGAAGUUGACGAACGAAUUCCUGUGCAUGAAGAAUUCUUUCUCUGUGGUGGAGUUGAAACCCGGAUCAUAAAAUGUGGGCCCUGGACUAACCUCUUUGAUAAACAAGGUGUCAACAAGCCAAAACAGCUUAUCUUCAUCAUUCCCGGUAACCCAGGCCAUUCCCCCUUCUAUGAGCCAUUUGCAAAGGCCUUGUACUCUCUGAUGAAGAGCCGCUUCCCAGUAUGGAUAAUCUCUCAUGCUGGCUGUUCCUUCAUUCCCAAAGACAAGAAGAUUCUUACAGCACCGCAGGAGUCAAAUGCUCAAAAAAUUGAGGACAUCUAUGGUCUGAAUGGUCAAAUAGAGCACAAAGUAGCUUUUCUGAGAGCUCAUGUACCAAAGGAUGUGAAGCUUGUACUCAUUGGCCAUUCCGUAGGCAGCUAUAUUGCUCUUCAAGUGAUGGACCGUGCCCCCGACCUGCCUGUCGUCCACGCCUUUCUGCUGUUCCCAACCAUCGAGCGAAUGUCUGAAUCGCCCAACGGCAGGUUUGCCACUCCAUUUUUGUGCCGGUUUCGAUACAUGCUCUACGCUAUCAGCUACUUACUUCUUAAGCCGUGUCCUGAAAUAAUAAAGUCCUUCAUAAUUCAAACAGCCCUGGGAAAAAUGAGCUUUGAGACUGAAGUUCCUGUAAGGGACAUUCUUCAGCCAUUCUGUCUUGCUAAUGCUGCCUACCUCGGGGGCCAAGAAAUGAUCCGUAUAGUGAAGAGAGAUGAUGACAUCAUAAAGGAACAUUUACCUAAGCUUACGUUUUACUAUGGUAAAACAGAUGGCUGGUGUCCGGUAAAGUACUAUGAAGACAUGAAGAAAGAUUUUCCAGAAGGCAAUAUUUACCUCUGUGAGAAAGGAAUACCACAUGCUUUUGUUCUUGGUUUUAGCCAGGAGAUGGCUACCAUAGUUGCUGACUGGAUAAAUAAUUGACUGCCCGAAAAAUAAGUACUGGCCCAAGGGAAAAAAAAAAUCACCUACGGCCAAUACAUGGAAGCUGUAGGUGUGCUCUGCUUAGGGGUAAAUGUUUAAUCUUAAUGCUUGAAAGAAAAAUUGAGACCCUCUUGGCUUACAGAUUACCAGCUCCCAUACCCUGUGUUAAGACUAAAGUGAACCCAGCAGAUGGCUCAUUCCAUAGGGGAGCAAUGAGCAGAGGAUGCUGACAGUGCACUUUCCCGGUUCAGGGGAAAACCACUUCAGAUUUCAUACAGGUCCUGGCUGAGAUCAUCGGCAUGCUCUUCACGAUCCACCUGCAGUCAACCAAAAAUCAAGUCUGCCUGACUUUCAUCAACUAACUAGGAGGAGUUGUUGAAGGAUCCUGACUCUAUUCUGCCACAGAAUAGCCAACAGGCUGCUCCUGACCCCUGGAAUGCCAGGGCCCUGCAGGCUCCUCUAGAGCAAGAAGGGAGGGAUGUAGAGUCCACAUCAGAUUUGUUUCGGCGUGGGAUUUCUCACUGGUGUGAUUCCUCCAUGGACAGGAAGCAGUGAGCCACCCAUCCCACUCAUGAUGCCAUUAGACCUUGUGACUCUUCCCUCCGGAAAAUCUUCUAGAACAUAAUUUUUUGGAAAGGUGUUUUAAAUCAUUGAGUAAAACAUUAGCAUAAGUUCAUUCCCCAUUUGCCUAAACUUUAUUGAUCAGAAAGAAAUGAUUUUGCAAAUGAACAGAAUUCUGCAAGCCAUUAAAUUUGUAUUACUUCACCUCUGAAAGCAUCUAAGUCUUAUUCCUGGCUGAGAAGCAGAGGAAUGCUUCCUUCCUAACAUACUGAACAGCUAUGCUAACUUACCUUAAUUGACUCAAUCCUAAGAUCUCGGAGGCCAAUGAACCCGACUGUAGUGACCAUUGAACAAUUGGGAGCAUUCCAUUUUCUUGUAGAGAAAAGCUAACUCUCGUAGCAGUAUAGUUCCUCAAGAGCAGUAAGAUGGUCCUUCCUCUCAGAACCUAAGGUACUGAUGAGAGCUUUGGUUCUGGCCUGCCACCAGCUCAGUGGUGAGAGAGGGAUGAGUUCUCAUUGCCCGGCAUAGAUUCUGCAUUGGAGCUCAACUUCUCAGAGGGGAAAAGCCAAGCCCCAGACAAGGAGUGCUCUUAGUCCAGGCAGACACUGUGAGGGUCCUUACUGGUGUUGGCACAUGGAGGCCUCCUGGAGAGCUGACCUGAGAAACCAGGCUUCAUGCUCUGAGUGCCUUGUUUGUAGAACAGGCUUGAUCAGUAGUGGGAAUCAAUGCACAAGUCCUGGGAAAUCAGACCUACUAGAACAAAAGAAUAGCAUCCGUAGAUCUCUUAGACAUGACUUUACAUUACUCUUUGUUUUAACCUGCUUAAAAGCCCUGACUUCUCAUUCCUAUUCAUCACCUAAACACCAAAUGAUAUUUUAUAAUAAAUGUCUCACCCACAGUCA